AUGGGUAGUAGUCGUCGUCAGGCAGCCCUAUCCAAGUCUAUCCAACUCGCUCUAUUCCGCGACCCAGCAACCUUCCGCAAAACCCUCAUCGGGCGCAUCCUAGCCUUCUUCCGUAUCUUCUACAUUAAGCUUUUCCGAUAUGGAAGUCAUCUUUUCCGGAAGCUGCGCAGCGAAACAUGGGAGAUUGACGAAAAUGAGUACAAGGCGAGCUUCCGGGAUGAGAAGAAAACUGUCCCGUUGAAACCAAUGGGCGAUCUUGGAUUGUCGGGAUCGACCUCCAAUGGCAAAUUUCUUGUCAAAAGUCUCCCCCGACACUUUGAACAUUCCUUUUUCCGCGAGGAUCUGCUCGAGCCUUACUACGAAUAUAUGAGCGCUCAUCGCGAUUCCUUAUUGGUAUGGAUUACCGACUAUGUGUAUGCGCCGUAUCCGACCCUCGGGAGCCUUAUAGGGUCCACGCCAGCCCAUCACAUCAUCAUGGACAAUAUCUUGUACGGGAAAACCGAGGAUCCGAACGCAGAUCAAUGGGAGAAAUACGACCUCAAGCCGAUAGACUAUUUCUAUCCAGAGCGGGACCUGGUACCUGAUCCGCUGGUCAGCGAAGAUACGCUGCGAAAGAUUGCCGAUCAAUUUGACGACAAGAUCCGGCUUUCGCAAGAACAAUACGAGUCCCUGAAGCGAGUCCUGGAAGCUGACACGGACUUUCUCCGGUCGUCCAAUGCAGUUGAUUACUCUCUUUUCCUCGUACGGUUUCCGGCCUCCUCGCAGCCCGAGGUUGUUGGCAGGCACACUCCAUGGCGCAUCGGCUUAGAGUCUGCAGAUGGGAAGUGGAAGUACCGUGCAGUGUUGUUGGAUUUCUUCUGGGCAAGACACAAAUUGCAUGCCCAGGCCAUGACGGGGGUGAUUCAGACAUUCAAUGUCAUUGGUCGCCAGGGGCCCAUGACAAUUACAACGACGGCCGACGAAUACCAACAGAAGUUCCUGGCUAUGGUGGAUUCGAUGGUGGAAGUACAGCAGUCUUAA